AUGGAAACAAUCAUGUGUGUUAUUCAAUAUGGAGGAUAUUGGACAGAUGACAAUAACUACCAAGACUACACAAUGACUGGACUGCUAAUACCAACAAAAUGUUCUCUGAAAGAAUUAGUUGAAUUGGUAAAGAAUGAGAUCAACUGCAACACACCAAUUGAAAUGAACUACCAGCUAAGCCCCGGUUCAUUACCAAUGAAGAUCAUAAGUGACAACUCACUAUUGUUUUACAUUGAACUAAGAAAGAAGCAGCUUGGAGUGAGCGACUCUCCACUUUGCAUCACAAGAAUUGAACAGCAUGCAAUGCAACUAAAUCCACAACAAUUCACUGACACUGGAACAGUAACACAAAACACCGAUGUUCAACAACUGAUUUUACAAAUUACAAACCAGCCAUCAUUUCAAGGCAUAGAAUAUGAAGAUGAGGCAUCCGAAACAAAUAACCAGUUCCUAUCAAUGUCAAACAUAUUUCAGGUAGCUGACAAUGUUGCUGAUUUUAUAAUUGAGAAAACAGAAGAACACAAGAAGAAAAGGAAUGAAGAAGAGAAGGAGAUUAUAACAGAUCAUAGGGUUUUCAAAAUUGAAGAAGGACAAAUUUACAAAGAUAAAAAGAUGCUGAAAUGUGCACUAUGCUUUUAUGCUAUAUUGCACAACUUUCAAUUUAAAACAAAGAGAUCGGAACCAAGGGAGUACCUGGUUACAUGUAUUGAUGAUAACUGUAACUGGUUACUUAGAGCAUCAAAAUUCAAGAAUACAACAACAUUCAAAGUGAGGAAGUAUAUCCAGGAUCACAAAUGCUCAUUGGAUGUAAUCAUGGGAGACCACAGACAAGCAAAUAGCAAUAUCAUUGGAGAAAUAGUAAAAAAAAAAUUCCUAGAUAUCAAAAGAAUACAUAGACCAAAAGACAUUGUAAUGGACACACUAUAUGAUUAUGGGGUGUCAAUGGGAUAUCAAAAGGCAUGGAGAGCAAGAGAAAAAGCAUUAGAAUUGGCAAGAGGGAGACAAGAUGACUCUUAUCAACAGCUACCAAUGUACUUACACAUGCUGAAAGUAUCAAAUCCAGGAACAAUCACACACUUGGAAACAGAUACAAAAAAUCGUUUCAAAUACUUGUUUCUAGCAUUCGCAAAUUCAAUAAGAGGCUGGAAACAUUGUAGACCAGUCAUUGUCACAGAUGGAACCUUCUUAAAAACAUCAUUUGGCGGGACUUUAUUUUCAGCUUCUACAAUGGAUGCAAACAACAACAUUUUCAUAUUGGCAUUCGGAAUAGGGGACUCAGAAAAUGAUGACUCUUGGGAUUGGUUUUUCAACAAGAUAAGAGAAACAUUUGGUGAUAGAGAAGUUUAA